AAAGAAACGCUCACGCCGCCGCUCAGCCCCCGCCAGCUCCCUCUCCUCAGCCCGGGGGGGGGCGGGGGGGUCCUCCCGCCUGCCCACAGAUACGUGCUGCCUCAUGCAGGCGGCCAGCCCCACGCCCUUCCCCACCCCGCGCGCGCUCAGAAGCGCUGGCGCUCGCCUCCGCCCCCCAGACCCCGUGACAGCCCAGACCCGCCCUGCCCGGCGGCUGAGCGGCGCGCGAGGGGCUCGACCCCGCGCCCGGAGCGCGUCCCGGGCAGAGGCGGCGGCGGCGGCGCUGCUGCUGCUGAGGGCCAGGCUGCCCCCCGGGGGCAGAGGGCGCCGGUGUCGGAGGGGAAUGGGCUCCAUGGCGGGGCUGCUGCCGCCCGGAGACUGCGGGUGCGAGGGGGACGCGGGAGCCCGGCACGGACGCUGGCAGCCAGAGGAGCGGAUCCAGCAAGAACAAAGAAACCACACUGUAGAGCCUGUUAUAGAUGACUAUAAAAAGAUGGGGACUCUCUUUGGUGAACUAAACAAAAGCCUUAUCAGCAUAGGCUUCACAAGGAUGUAUUUUGGAGAACGGAUUGUGGAACCUGUAAUAAUCAUAUUCUUCUGGGUUAUGCUUUGGUUCCUUGGCUUACAAGCUCUUGGACUAGUUGCUGUUUUGUGCCUUGUCAUUAUAUAUGUGCAACAGUAGAGUAUGGUGAAUGGCCUGCUGGAUAACAUAUUACAACCAUGUCACCUUUCAAUGGAUUUAUGUGUUUAAGCAAACAGUGGCAUAUUAAAAGCUGCAAUUUUCCAAAUGAUGCUACACAUUACACUUGAGGUUUUUACAUCCAGACUAAAAUUUGCGUACGCAUUUUAAAGGAAGUCAUCAGUCCUAGCACAUCUCCAAAGGGAAUGAAAAGGAUAUGCUCUUAAUAAUGGUACUGUUCAAAGUAACUUACUCUUUUGGAGGCCUUGUCUACACAGUAAGUUAGUACACAGCAAGCCAGGGUGUGAAUCUACUGUCAAAUAUUAACUCGGUGUGGACAAGCCCUGAGUGAGGGUACGUGAGCCACUGCACCCUUGAGGGCUCAGUCCUAGGUUGUCUUUUUUAUUAAAUGUGGUAUAAAAACACCUCCAUCCAAAUGGGGUCAGCCUCUCUUCUAUGGUGUGGCUGAUAUUUUGAAAUGACACGUUCUUGUGUAAUGGAAAUUCCUCUUUGUUUUGAAGAGUACAAAUAACCAUGAGUUUUAUGUUCUGUUAUUUUUACAUUGUCCUCCUGUAAGCUUUUUGAAAGCUGGACCCUGAAAUCUGUUAACUAAAUAAAAGUGUGUUCUUUCACUGUCUUGCGCAUGUGUACACACACAUUAGUUACUGUAAUGCCAGGCCUACAUUAGAAAAGGUCUGUCAGUCUAGCUAUACCGACAUAACUAUCCCAGCAAAUCCUCCUCCGGUAGGCAUAGCUUAUACUGGCAAAAAAAAAAAAAAAACCACUGUUGCCAGUAUAACUGUAUCUACCCUAAGGCUUUUGCCAAUAUAUAAUUAUGAGAAAAGAAUCACACCCCUAACUGACUCUGCUGUGCUGGCAAAGUUUCUAGUGUAUACUAGGCCUAGGUCUACUCAUGUGUGCUUGGCUUUGGCCAUUAAUGCCUUUUUUAAAUAUCAAAACAGUUGUCUUAGAAGAAAUAAUAUGGGGACUUUUCAAAUAAAUAUAAAUCCCCACCCCUGCAACUAACUAUCCAGCUAAUGUGCUUGAAUACUGACCACAGCCCCUCUACACCUCAUGUACAGGAGGGUUGUAUUAAUAGUAUUAAAUGUGAAUCUAUCAACUUUGAUGGUGAUUCUGGUUUACUGCAGUCUGGGCCCAAUCCUAACUUAGAUGCAAGUUUUGCUUGUACAAACACAGCAGAUCCAGGCCCUAAUGUAAGAUAUGAGCAAUUACGCAAGUAAGAUAAGUAUAGAUAGAUUUCAACUGCAGUCUUACUCAGGAAUUUUUGGUGUUUGAUUUGGAAAUGUACCAUCUAGAGAUGCAUGUUGUAAACUGAAAUAUCAGAGAAUAAGAGAUAAUAUUGUAUAGAGUUUUAAAAUAAAACUGUAAAAUCCACUUUGGUAAUGUAGGAUCCAAUCCUGAGAAGUGCUAAGCAGAGGAAAGGCCAGAGAAAAUCUUCACUUAAUAGGCUAAAAAUGUAGCACCUCUCAGAAGACUGUAUAUAUUUUAAAUACAGAAUUGACCCUAUCCUUAUGCAUUUUUUCAUUAUUACAUUUGUUUAAAUAAAGCAGUUUACAAUUUAAGAUGUAAGCUUUUGAAAUGCUACUUUACUUUUGUUUUUGCAAACAUUUUUGGAUUGACAAACCUUAACCAUGUGUAGUUUACUUACAAACUAUGGGCUUCAUCCAAAGACCAUUGAACACAAUGAAAACAAUCUCUAUUGCCCCAAUCCUUUAGUUAAUUGGUCCUUGGGAAGAUUGGAGUCCAUGGCCUACACACAUUGAUCCAGUUGCAGGACCUGUGGAGCCAUUCCUUGUAAACUUUUACAACCAUUGAAACCAAUUACUGUUUGUGGUUUUAAGCACUAAGGCCCCAAUCCUGCAACACUUUAUGUAUAUGUUUACCUCUAUAAGUAGCCCCACUGCAUUAAUGAGACUGUUUGCAUGUGAGAAGUUAAGCUGAGGUGUAAGUGUAUGUUGUCUGGGCCCAGGUUAAAGAAUAUAUUGGUCUAUACAUGAGUAAAAUAUACUGAUGACAUAGGAAUACUGUACAUCAUAAAAUAUUUAUAUAUACUUUACUCAAACAUUGCUGGAAAUCUGGAUUUCCAAAAGCUAAGCAUGAAUACAAUUUGAAUGUAAUGGAAGGAGCUCUGGACCCACAAGUGCCUAAGGAUAAACAUUUAAAAAUCCUUUUAAAAAUUAUAUAUAGUAUGUUUGUGUAUUGUUUAUAUGUAGUUGUGGUUUUGUAUGUGUAUCUAUAUAUGUAUAUAUGGGCUGUAUUACAAAAUUUGCUUAUUUUUUACAUCAUGUCUUUUUCCUCCCAUACAAGUUAUUGUUCAGAGCAUUUCAUCUGAACCCUUUUGCCUUGUAGGGAAAAGGUCAAUGUUGUUAUAAUCAUCCCAGUAGCUCUUCUUCCCACACAUGUCAUGUAACACACAUUAAUAAAAAGGUGGUUCGUUCCUUUUGAACUAAAAUCAAGUGUAGUGUCAGCUAUGUCUGUCCUCUUUUGAAAGAUACUAUAUCCUGCCCUAAAAAUCUUUCAUAUCUGCAUUUUUAUGACCCUAAAAAAAAAAAGGUUCCCUCUAUUAUUGAAACUUAACGUGGAAUAGAUGGAGAUGGACAAAUCUAUCAUUUGGAUGCCUUUCUCCCUCCCUUUUCCUCUUCCUUCCCCUCCUCCCGCUUUCAGUAAUGUCCCCUACUUCAUUACUUAUAGUCUGUAUUGUAUACAGGAUUGUCUGCCUUUAAUAUCUGUAUGUUACAGCAUUUCCCUUCCCUGUUUUUCUUUGUUUUGUUUUGUUUGGUUGGGUUUUUUUAUUUUUGAGGGUGAACUGGGGAAGACAUUUCAUUAUAUUGAAAAUGGCUUUAAAUGAGCAACAUAACUGAACAAAGAUGUGUAUCAAAAGAAAAUGUAUUGUAAAAUUGUGUCAAAUAUUGUGAGAAAAUGUACGAGCAGCCUUUGCAUUGCUUCUUCCUCCCACCCCAAAACUACAGUUUGAAGUCUUUGGGAGUUUUGGAUAUGCAAAGAAUGCAGAAUAGAGUCCCUGCUUCAAAAAUAAAGGGUGAAAGUAAAUUUUGUUUGGAUACAAGGGGUAUAGUCUCAUGCUGAAAAUCAUUAACAUUAAUACAGGCGACUCGGUCUCUCUCUCCAGUUCUAAUUACAUAUCUAUGUAUGUUUGUAUACAAUGAUUGUAUAAAAGAAUUACAUCACCCAAAUUCUUAUUAAAUAAUGAAUAUGUAAUCCUUAUUGGUCUUUGGGGCGGAUAAUAAGAACUGUGUCUCCAAAAGAGUCUUCAGAUGCUUAAAUGUUUGAAUUACUAUGUACAGGGAGGAAACUGCACAUACAGCAAAGCUGAUGGAACCUCAUUUGUACUGAAAAUUGACAUAUUGUAACUUUCCAUAAGGGGGAAAAUGUUGUUUCCUGGAGAGAUUUGUGGACAUAAGUCUUUUUGAAAGCACUUUGUUACUCUUUCUAAUAAAAUGUGUUCUGUCCUCACAUGAA